GCCAGUUGUCAUCACUGUUUGAUUGAUUGAUUGAUCAUGUUCAUCUGCAUGUCACUGUGGUGUCAUAACGUUAGCCCUCUUUGUGUGAAUUUCAAAUGUCUUUCCUUAACUCUUCGCGUCCUCUGUCCUCACCUUGGUUGUUUUAAAAUCUGUCCGCUCCACAAAGACAUACAGCUGAGAAUGAUCAAUCAAUAAGCCAGUGAUUGGAUGGCAACUGCAGGUUCAGGCGAUAAAUACACACCAAGCUGGUAUGUCAACUAAGCAUGGCAGUAAGGCACUGAGCUACUAAUUGCUUUGUCUGGGCUGUUGGUGGUUUAAGGCUUUGAGAUGGCUUUUGGAAUUAAUUUGGGGAUUGUGUUCCUUUGCUCAUUGUUUGCAGAACACUCAAGUUUUACAUGGGCUCCACGUGAUGCCCAGAGAGUAAGAGGCUAUGGGUUUUCUGGCUCUUCCAGAAUGGAAGUUGAGCAGAGGCAAACAGGUGGCAGCUAUCCCCAGGAUCAAUUCAGACCAGCCUCUCACACUUCUGGUUCGGUCCAGAGUGAAGCUACUUACCGCGGGACUGGAUACAACACACUCGGAGGCUUUGCUCCAAGCUCCCUCCAGCCAGCCCCAAGGGGCUCUGGAUCUAUCCCCAGCAGCUUUACCUCCGCCCAGACAAAGGGUAAGAGGACCCGUGCCAAGAAUACUGACAUUAGCCUCUCUGGUUCUAUAGCCAGUGGAUCCUCUGUCACCCACAACAAGCAUCAAACCAAGGCCAGCAGAACCUAUGGUCAAAGUGUCACUGACCCCAGUGCAUUAAGGCCAGUUUCAAGUUGGGAGGUAAAGAGAAUCCAGGCCAACACUCUCCGUACUGUACAGCCUCACUCCGGCAGCUCUGGACUAGUCCAGAAUCCUGAUGUUGUGUUUAAUGUCCAGAGUAGAACUGCCUCUAACCUGAAACCAUCUAUUCCUAACUAUGGCUCUACCCAGAGUGAAUUCAAGUUCUCCACCUCCAGACAACCCAACCAAGGCCUUGUCCAGACUCUGAGUAGAGGAGCCCCCAGCCUCUAUGGUCAAACUGCCACCCACACCACCUCCCUCACCCACUAUGUCCAGGACCUGAAGCAAGGGAGCAGCCUCCCUUCCCUGGCUUUCAAGGGACCAAUGGAGAUCUCUGCCCGGUCAAUUUCCACUCCCGACCGUGAAGUUCCCUCAAGUGGUUCUUCACAAACUUCAUUUAGACCAGGUUCUACUGAAGGUGGGAGUGCAACAAACAGCUACAAGCCUAGCUUCUCCCAAGAUGUCAUGCAAUACCAGAGCAACUCUGCCAGUAGAAGUGUUUCAACUUCCAAUCAAUAUGCCCAAACCUCUGGCCAGAGAAUAGAUGGAUCCUCUACCUCAAGUCGCGGCAUGCCCACUUCUAGCCUGGCCUCUCGCGCCAGUCUUUUUCGCCCCAGCUCUACAGCUAGUGGAAACUCCUAUGGCGCCUACAAGCCUGGCUCUGACCUUGGUGCAACACCAAGCCAAAGCCUGUUUACCUUUAACCAAGGUGGAAGGGGUUCAACAUACAGCCAGAAUCUCCUUGCAAAACCUGCCCAAGGGAAGUACGGACAAAUGUCUGCUCAGUGGGGGAGCUACCAGCCCAGCUAUGCUGCCAGUAGUGGGCCAGUCUCCAGCCUCUUCAGUUCUACCCAGGCUGCCAGUUCUUCAACAUUCAUCCAGAAUGCUCCUGCCACAGCCCAGAAGCCAAGUGGCUUUAAACCUGUCCCCAGUCAACGCUAUCAGCCCAGCUAUUUGUUCAAUGCAGUGAAGUCCAACACUAGCUCUGCCAGACGUCCCACCCAGAGCCUCUUGUCUAGCAGCUAUGGCCCUACCCAGAGCAGGACCAGCAGUGCCAGCUCGAUCAACCCUCGCCGCUUUGCCCUGACCAUCAUGCACAGCAUCCCAGAAUUGUACGGCGGAUCUACAAUCCACCGGCUCAAAGACCCUACUCGGUAGGAGUAGUGCCUCCCCUAGCCACUCAACCCAGCUCUUCAAGUGUCAGCAAGCCACAGCCAAACCACUAUCUGCCAAGCAGAAAGGCCCUAGCACAACCUAAAUUGAGUCCAGAGCUUUAGGGGAGUCCAGAACAUGAUGAAGUGGGAUCUGUAGCCACCAGUUGAGGUGCUGUGACCUGGAAGUGUUGUCAGGACUUCUCUACUUCAAUUGUUUUAAAUAAAAUUUACUAAUACAUA